AUGGCCGGCAAGGGCGACGGGCCGGCGAUCGGCAUCGACCUCGGCACGACCUACUCGUGCGUCGGCGUGUGGCAGCACGACCGUGUCGAGAUCAUCGCCAACGACCAGGGUAACCGCACCACGCCCUCGUACGUCGCCUUCACCGACUCCGAGCGCCUCAUCGGAGAUGCGGCCAAGAACCAGGUCGCCAUGAACCCCAUCAACACCGUCUUUGAUGCCAAGCGUCUCAUCGGCAGGAGGUUCUCUGAUGCCUCUGUCCAGAGCGAUAUCAAGUUGUGGCCCUUCAAGGUCAUUUCUGGGCCUGGUGAGAAGCCAAUGAUUGUUGUCCAGCACAAGGGUGAGGAGAAGCAGUUUGCAGCUGAAGAGAUCUCCUCUAUGGUUCUCAUCAAGAUGCGCGAGAUCGCUGAAGCUUACCUUGGCAGCACGAUCAAGAAUGCUGUUGUGACAGUCCCUGCCUACUUCAACGACUCACAGAGGCAGGCCACAAAGGAUGCUGGGGUGAUUGCUGGCCUCAAUGUGUUGCGUAUCAUCAACGAGCCAACUGCUGCUGCUAUUGCCUAUGGUCUUGACAAGAAGGCUACCAGUGUUGGCGAGAAGAACGUCCUCAUCUUUGACCUUGGAGGUGGUACCUUCGAUGUCUCCCUCCUCACCAUUGAGGAAGGUAUCUUUGAGGUCAAGGCCACAGCUGGUGACACCCAUCUGGGUGGUGAGGACUUUGACAACAGGAUGGUCAACCACUUCGUCCAGGAGUUCAAGAGGAAGAACAAGAAGGAUAUCACUGGCAACCCGAGGGCUCUCAGGAGGCUGAGGACUGCUUGUGAGAGGGCGAAGAGGACUCUGUCUUCCACUGCUCAGACCACCAUUGAGAUCGACUCGCUGUACGAGGGCAUCGACUUCUACUCCACCAUCACCCGUGCCAGGUUUGAGGAGCUCAACAUGGACCUGUUCAGGAAGUGCAUGGAGCCCGUUGAGAAGUGCCUGAGGGAUGCCAAGAUGGACAAGAGCAGCGUGCACGAUGUUGUCCUUGUUGGUGGCUCCACCCGUAUCCCCAGGGUGCAGCAGCUGCUGCAGGACUUCUUCAACGGCAAGGAGCUGUGCAAGAACAUUAACCCCGACGAGGCCGUCGCCUACGGUGCCGCUGUCCAGGCCGCCAUCCUGAGCGGUGAGGGCAACGAGAAGGUGCAGGACCUGCUUCUGCUGGACGUCACCCCUCUCUCCCUUGGUCUGGAGACUGCUGGAGGAGUGAUGACCGUGCUCAUCCCGAGGAACACCACCAUCCCCACCAAGAAGGGCAGGUGUUCUCCACCUACUCGGACAACCAGCCUGGUGUCCUGA